UCUCCAGAACUGAACCCCGCCGGCGUCCUCGAGUCCCGCCCAGCGGAGAGGAGGACAACCGGGGACCUCGGCCCACGCCCCUCUUAGCCCCACCUCCGGCAGCUGGCCCCGCCCUCAUGAGUCCGGAAAUCUCGCGAGACGGAAGCACCCCUGCGCAUGCGCGCGAGGAAUGGCGUGGGCAGGAGAACGGAGGCCGGGAAGGCUACGAGCCGACCGGUUCCGGCUUGGGGACGGGGGUGCGCAUGCGCAGUGCGUCGCUCUCGUCGGCGCGCUUCUCCGGCUUUCCUGUUCCGAUCUCUUCUUCAUUGUUUUUUCUGAGGGUCGCGGGCGGCGGCGCGGCGAGCCGCAUGCGAGUGAAAGGGCACCGUGGAACGGAGAAGGGCCGAAAGCAUGGCGGAAAACAGAGAACCCCGUGGUGCCAUCGAGGCCGAGCUGGACCCCGUGGAGUACACCCUUCGGAAACGACUUCCUCACCGCCUGCCCCGGAGGCCCAAUGACAUUUAUGUCAACAUGAAGACUGACUUUAAGGCCCAGCUAGCCCGCUGCCAAAAGCUGCUGGACGGAGGCAGUAGAGGGCAGAACGCAUGCGCUGAGAUUUACAUCCACGGCUUGGGCCUGGCCAUUAACCGCGCCAUCAACAUCGCUCUGCAGCUGCAGGCAGGCAGUUUUGGGUCCCUCCAGGUGGCUGCCAAUACCUCCACCGUGGAGCUGGUGGAUGAGCUGGAACCAGAGACUGACUCCCGAGAGCCACUGACCAGGAUCCGGAACAACUCAGCCAUCCACAUCCGGGUCUUCAGGGUCACACCCAAGUAAUCGAAGUGGACUCUCACCCAUCAAUUCCUUUGCACACACACAUCCAGGCUCCGUGUGGCUGAGGUUGCUGCUGGUUCGUAUGGCUCUUGUCUGGGCAUGGACCUGUUGUCAGAGCCUUGUAAGAAAACACAUGUUCCCUCAGCCUAGAGGACUGUAAAUGGAGAGCCAAGAAGUGAAUCCUCCUUGUCCUGUACAAUAAAAGUAUCGAGUUGUGUUGGUGCCGGGC